CAUCUUUUCUUCUUCAUUCUUCCAAAUGUCUUCUACUCAAGAACCCGUUGCCGAACCAACCACAGCACCCGAAGCACCUAUUGAGACACCAGCAGCUGAAGUUGCACCUGCUGAGCAACAGGCUGAGACCAAAGAGGCUGCCAAGAUUGCCAAAAGAAAAUCUAUCUUUAACCCAUUCGGUAGAAAGAAGGAGGAGGCAAAGAAGGAAGAGCCUACUGCUGAAGCUAAGCCUGAAGCCGAGGUUGCUUCACCAGAGGCAAAGCCUGUUGAGGAAGUGGCAGAUAAGAAGAAGUCAAAGGGUCUUAACAUGCUCUUCUCCAGAACAAAGUCUGGAUCACCUCAACCCAAAGCUGAAGAGUCAGCUACAGAAACCACCAACACUGAGCUUCCCAAGAUUGAACAUCUUGAGCCUAUCCAGCCCGAGACCAUCGUAAACCAAGUCGGUUCAGAAGAGGCACCCAAGGCUGAAGAAACCAAAGCUCCUGCCAGAUCCACAUCACCUUUCGGUAAGCGAUUUACCAACAUGUUCAAGUUCUCAAAGAACAAUGAUAAAACGGAGAAGGACCAGCAGACGAAAGAGGAACAGGCUGAUGCAGAUGCAACAGCACAGGAGGCACAGGAGCCCACCCAACCGGCUACCGCUGAAAAGCCAUUGCCAGAAGUCACUGCCACUCCAGAGGAGACUGCUGAGCAACACGUUGUUGCUCCUCAAGUCACCGCAUCCGCUUAAACGCUUCAUUAUCCAACUAUACUAUUCCGUAACAUAUAGCGUAUAAUAUGUUUUUUUUUUUUUUCACUUUUUACUAAUAAAAAAUAAUAGCGUACGUUGCAAUAUCGAUA